UCGUGAUUGGUCGGCCGGGCCGGCGCGGGGUGGCGCGCGCAGCGCUCGACAGUGUCGGCACUGAGCGCGGCCGCCAUCUUGGCAGACAGAAGGAGCCUGCUGUCGCCGUCAGCCGCCGACGUAACGCCGUCCAGCUGAGCCGUUAAAGCUGAGCGCGAGCUGUCUGGCUCCGCUGCUGGUGGAACGCGGAGAAAAAUCGCGGCGGGCUAUUGUUCGGUCCGUUACGCGAACGCAGGAACCGGCCCGAGGAAGUGGUGGCGGCGGACGAGGAGAGGCGGUGGAGGUAGAGGAGUAGGAGCAGCAGGAGGAGGACGAGAGAGUGAACGAGGAGAGGUGUCGGAGGACCGGAAAAGCAGCGCGCGACGGGCCGAGUAUAAUAUCGGGGUGAGCGGGACGUCGCGGACGCCUCGCGCGGUAAGCGCCUCGUCUACGGCUCUGUCGUGUCGUGUCGUGUCGUGUCGUGUGGCCGUGAUCGUGAUCGUGAUCGUGUCCGUGUCGUGGUGUCGUGCACGAGGUGAAGUUAACCCGGAGUGCUCCCGAACCCCCGUAGUCUCGCUCCCGUCCGUCCGUCCGCGUCGCGUCAAGGACGGCCAACUUCACCUCGUUUCUCGCGACUGUUUCUCGAGGUAACCCCUCGAGAAAUUCCUCGUCCCCGUUUUCGUCCUUGAAGCCAUCGUAGUCGCGCGAUCCUUUCGUCGUUCGUUCCACCGGUGUAACCGAGAGUGGUAAGAUCAAGCCAGGGCGGAGAAUUGUCGAGGGAGGAUACGCGAUCUUCGCCGCAAACGUCAACUGCUGCUGACUUCUGCUACCACUGCUCUGUGACAGCGGGACAGUAUGGCGGGACAGACGAUCAACGACAGGCUGUUGGCCGCGAGGCACAGUAUCGCCGGCCAGGGCCUCGCCAAGUCCGUCUGUAAGGCCACCACGGAGGAGAUGAUCGGCCCCAAGAAGAAGCAUCUCGACUAUUUAAUUCAUUGCACCAAUGAACCGAAUGUCUCCAUACCGCAGCUCGCUAAUCUCCUGAUAGAACGCUCACAGAAUACAAACUGGACGGUAGUCUUUAAGGCCCUGAUCACCGUGCAUCACAUGAUGUGCUAUGGCAACGAGAGGUUCACGCAGUAUCUCGCGUCCAGCAACAGCACGUUUCAACUCAACAAUUUCCUCGACAAGAGCGGCGUACAAGCAGGAAUACGCGUGGGAUAUGACAUGUCGCCCUUCAUCAGGCGCUACGCCAAGUAUCUCAACGAGAAGGCUCUCUCCUACAGGACGGUAGCGUUCGACUUUUGCAAGGUGAAAAGAGGGAAGGAAGACGGCACUCUACGCACAAUGAAUGCCGAGAAACUCCUGAAAACUUUACCGGUACUGCAGUCGCAACUUGACGCACUGCUAGAAUUUGAUUGCACGGCUAACGACCUCACGAAUGGCGUCAUAAACAUGGCCUUCAUGCUUCUCUUUCGAGAUCUUAUCCGAUUAUUCGCCUGUUAUAAUGAUGGCAUCAUUAAUCUGUUAGAGAAAUAUUUCGACAUGAACAAGAAACAAUGUCGGGAUGCUUUAGAUCUUUACAAGAAGUUCCUUAUACGCAUGGACAGGGUCGGGGAAUUUCUGAAAGUUGCGGAAAAUGUUGGUAUCGAUAAAGGAGAUAUACCAGAUUUGACGAAGGCACCGAGUAGUUUAUUGGAUGCCUUAGAACAACAUCUCGCUUCCUUGGAAGGAAAGAAGGGCUCCGCCGCAAACACGCCAACGCAGUCAGCAAGCAGCAAUAGAACCAAUGUAAAGUCGGGAGUGUCCGCCCUGUCUUCCACCAGUAACGCGUUCGGAACAGCAGCCAGCAAUGCGCGGCUCGAGCAAACCGGGAAUGGCCAUAUCGACGAGGCGUUGCGACAGCAAGCUCUCGCGGAAGAGGAAGCCGCCAUGAAUCAAUACAAGGCAAAAGUACAAUCGCCGUCAAGUACUAGCACGAAUCCCUUCCUCAGUUCGCCAACCAAUAAUGCUAAUCAACCGAUUGUGGACUUGUUUGGUGCAACAGCCGAGAGCCAGUCGUCUCAAAAGGCAUCGGAUGAUCUACUGCAACUUGCGGGCAAUCCGUUCGCGAACAUGUUCGGGGCGCAACCACCUACAGGAACGACGCAACCCGCCGCUCAGAUGCAGAACAACAUGUGGAUGACCAACGGUACUGGUUUCGCGCCAACUGCGCCACCAGCAAAUAAUAACUUUGUUACAGAUAAUAGUUUUUCCUCCGUGUUCGGAAAUCAAGAUCAGCAAUCCACGGGGCAACCGGUCGGUGCAGCCAACACCGGCAAGGUCCUUACCGGAGAUUUGGACAGCAGCUUAGCUAGCCUUGCGCAAAACUUGACCAUCAAUAAGAGCGCACAGCAGCAAGUCAAAGGAAUGCAGUGGAACUCUCCGAAGAAUGCUGCGAAAACGGGCGGUUCAGCCGGCGGAUGGUCACCGCAGCCAAUGGCAGCUACUACUGGUGCUGGAUAUCGGCCCAUGGGCCAAGGAAUGACGCAACUACUACCUACGAGCACCACGACUAUAGGUUUCCCCUCACAGCCAGCGAUGAUGGGUAUGCAAGGUAUGCCGAUGGGCAUGCAGGGUAUGCAGGGUAUGAGGCCGAUGAUGUGUACUAUCCCAGGUGCUUCCGCCGCCGGUGGCGGUAUGAUGGUUGCGGGAGGAGCUGCGCCCAUGAUGGCCAUGCCCGGUGCGAAUCCUAUGAUGGCUGGUCCUAAUUUGCAGCAACAACAACCUCAGCCUGCUGCAGCAGCUCAGCCACAAGGCAAUGCUGUCCAACUCGAUCCUUUUGGUGCUCUGUGAAGGGAUUAGGAUUCCAAAUGGAAUUGAGAAGAACGAAGCAACAUUUUGUAAAUAUCAUGUAAUAUGCCUAGAAAGAAAAGAAACAAA